CCCCGGAGCAUCCUUGUGCCCAUUACCGGCUGAGCGGGAGUCGGGCCCGGUCGCCGCGCUCCCGGGAGGGGGAACCGGGAGGGGCGUGUGAUGGCUCUUGUCCCUCGGAGAGCGGGGGAACGGACGUGUGCCCAGGAAAGUCGCUUCUUUUCUGCUUUCGGCCUCUCGUGUGCCGUGUCUGAGGGGCGCCAGCCUGGCCGUGUGUCCUGCACAGCAUCACCCCGGGUCGGGCACGGCCACCCCGCUUACACUGCCCUGGCCCAAAGUGGAAAAAACAGGCUCACAAGUGGAAUUCCUUCACCAUUUCGCAGAGAAAACACAAAAGAAACGGUUCAGUAAUGCCCAAGGUUCACCGGAGGUACCUGAUGAUCUGUUGCUACUGUUCAUAUCUGCCGAAGGCUAUUCCCUGACAAAAUGAAACUUUUUGCCCUAGAAAUGGAGUGAGUGGGGCAGCUCUGGAGAGGGGGUGGGUAAGAGACUGGCGGCUCUACUUGCUGUAGGUUCGGCAGAACUGGUCCCUCUUUCCAAACUUUGUGGUCCCUUGUUUCUGAAGGCUUUUGGAAUCCUUUUCUAAUUUUUGCGUGCCAUACGCUGGAAGAUGGACCUGAGGGGCUCCAGUACUGAGGAGAUCAGGUCUCUGGAGAAUGUCUGAUCAGCAAAUUGAAACAACCCUGAUUAUCAACAGAUACUUCUAAAAAUAUUCUUCUUUGCACCCUUGUCCUGUGUAUUCAUUCAUUUACACUGGGCACAUCUCCGUUUCCUGUUGUGUUCACUGAGAUGGUAUUUCAUGCCCCAAGAGAGCACUAUCUGCUUUUAUCUAUAAACUUCAAAGCUGCCUUUCAAGCUAUAUGUGGUGUUCGUAAUAGUUGUGAGCUGUGAGUUUUGCUUUGUUUUGUUAUUUUAUCUCACCAAAUCUUGCAUCAUUUCGUCUCCUGUGAUUUCUUCACUUCCUGCAAUCCCAGUUCUCUGGCAGGAUUGCGUGAACAGUGUUUCAUCAAAAAUCAGUAUAGGCUUAUAAAUUCUUAGAAGAAGUGUUGAAAGACAAAAGCUUGAUACUUGUUUUAUGGAAGAUGCACUGUUACUCACUCCAAAUACUAUCAGACAAGAAAAAAUUUCCUCGAGGAGUGAUCUUCCAAAGAAGACGACAAGAAAUAAGACUUCUGGUGUUGGCCAGGUAUUCCAAACGGCGUGAUUUAUAUAAUGAGGGGCCAGACAGAAGACUUUUUUUCUGUGAUCUUUUUUUUAAAAAAACAAAAAACAACACACAGCAGACCAGCCCCAGCAAAAGACCCUAAAAGACAAUCUAAAAUGAUGCAUUAAACCUGGAGCUGCAGAUAUCAGAAAGCUUGUGUAGUCCUUCCUGCUAAAAGACUGACUUGUGGAAAUGACAGCUACUGCCAGUGAGAUGUGUCCUCUAUCAUUAUUCCUGCAAAUUGUGGUGUGUCCCAGAGGAAAUGUAGCCGUUGUUCUUGGACUGUAAAUCUUACAAGCAGUGCACGCUGGGUGCAGAAGGUUGAGGGAUGUUUGUAUGUCUGGCAAGUGCCAGGUUCUGUCUCACCUGGAAUUCAUUUCUCAUGAAAGCUAUUUAGGUGUUAAGGAAAUCGCAACCCAAAAGCUAAAGGAACGUCAUUAUUACUUGGUAAAGACAAAAUCUCUGAUGAGUCUUAAUGUGGAAGCAAAUUUUAACAAGAACUAAGGCUGCUAAAAAUACUUCUGUGGUUCCCCCUUUAAAUCGCAGACAAGUAGUGUGGAAAAACAUCUUAACUCUUUAGAAUACUGCUUCAGGAGAAUGUCUGUCAUAUCACCUGAACUUUAUAUUUAAGCUGCAUUAAAUUAAAAAAAGCUAGAAGAUAUUGUAAGGCAAGGUAUAAACUUGAUUUUUUUCUCUUGUAACAGACUUUAGUAUUUAUCUAGGAUAAAAUACAACUUCUGAUUAAACACACACUUUAUAUUAUUACUUUAGACCCUUCUAGUUUGCAUUUAGAAAACAAAAAAGUUCUCACUUGUGUUUUUUUCUUGCUGCUUUUCCUUAGGUGUGCCAAAAUGUCAGAAAGAUCAGAUAUUCUUCACUUCAAGUUUGACAGUUAUGGGGAUUCGAUGUUACAGAAAAUGAACAAAUUGAGGGAAGAAAACAAAUUUUGUGAUGUCGUGGUCCAUAUAGAUGACAUUGAAGUUCGUGGGCAUAAAAUUGUGUUUGCUGCUGGCUCCCCCUUUUUAAGAGAUCAGUUCUUACUAAAUGAAUCCAGAGAUGUAAAAAUCUCUAUCCUGCAGAGUUCGGAAGUGGGGAGGCAGCUGCUCCUGUCCUGUUACAGCGGCGUCCUGGAGUUUCCUGAAAUGGAGCUGGUGAACUACUUGACUGCUGCCAGCUUUCUGCAGAUGAGCCACAUCGUGGAGCGAUGCACACAGGCCCUGUGGAAGUUCAUCAAACCCAAGCAACCCUUGGAGAACAAGGAGUGCGAACAGCAAAGUGACUCCUCCGAGCUGAAGGACCAUCAAGGAGAUGACGACUCUCUGCAGCAAGAUUCGCCUUGUAUUCAGCCUUCCGAAGACAGCAUGGACAUGGAGGACAGUGAUAUUCAGAUCAUCAAGGUGGAGUCCAUCGGGGAGGUGACAGAAGUGAGGAACAAGAAGGAUCAGAACCAGUUUAUUUCUUCUGAACAAACUGCGCUGCAUUCCUCAGAGCCCCAACACUUUCUUAUCAACUCCACUGUUGAAAACAGAGCAAGUGAAAUAGAGCAAAACCACCUCCACAACUAUGCCCUUUCCUAUGCUGGCAGCGAUAACAUCGUCCUGGCCUCUAAAGAUAUGUUUGGGCCUAACAACCGAGGCAUAGACAAAGGCCUCCAGUGGCACCACCAGUGUCCCAAGUGCACCAGAGUAUUUCGGCAUCUGGAAAACUAUGCUAAUCACUUAAAGAUGCAUAAACUAUUUAUGUGUCUGCUCUGUGGCAAGACAUUCACUCAGAAAGGCAAUCUCCACCGGCACAUGAGAGUGCACGCAGGCAUCAAACCGUUCCAAUGUAAGAUCUGUGGCAAAACGUUCUCUCAGAAGUGUUCCUUACAGGACCACCUCAACCUGCACAGUGGGGACAAGCCCCACAAGUGUAACUACUGUGACAUGGUUUUUGCGCAUAAACCCGUUCUGAGGAAACAUCUUAAACAGCUACACGGUAAAAAUAGCUUUGACAAUGCCAAUGAAAGAAACGUUCAAGACAUAACAGUGGACUUCGAUUCAUUCACAUGUAGCGCUGCUACAGACAGUAAGGUCUGUCAGCAAACUGAUGCAAGCCAGGUACUGGAUGCAGGGAAGCUGCCUCAGGCUGUGCUCGGUUUAAGGAAUGAUAGUACCUGCGUCAAUUAAGCAAUUAAAACCAGCCCUUUGUAGGGAUCGUGACUGAGAGGAGCAAAGAGUUGGUUUGGGCUCUUACCUAAACUAGUAGUGUGCCCUGAAAGGCUAUGGAUGGAUGGAUGGAUGGCAGGUUGGACUGCAAAACCUGGCAGGUCUUCAGCCAUCGUUCUUAGUCUUACUUGAUAUUUUCUGUGAAUAGCAAUCUUCCUUCAGGUUUCUGUCUGUGUCUCUACUGUGGAUUAUGGGGUUAAUUGUUUCAUUUCUCUCUGAUUAGGAGACUCAAGACUAACACCUUUUGAAAGACUGAAGCUGUGGGCUGCAAGUAAACCAUCUGCUGAACAGUUAGAGGCCUCUGUGUCUGGGCAGAUGGAGGAAAGAGCAAAGAGGACAAGUCUGUGAGAUAACCCAAUUAUUUUUUUUUUAAAGCACUGGAUAACUGAAAGCACUCCAUACAGUUAAAUUUAAGCUUACCUCUUAAAAUUAUCUUUCUCUGAUCUUACCCUUAGACCCCUACAGUAUGAAGUAUUUCUGUGUCACUUUUUUGCCCUUUCUAAACUAUUUCAAGAAACUGCUGCUGCCAAUCGAUGCUAUCUUAAAAGCUCUCAGGGUUUUUAACCUCGACCUGCAUUAUGAAAAGAUAAAACCCUAAAUGAUUUGGCAGGGUUAGCUGAUCACUGCGUAGAACUGUUCAAAAUGAAAAUAAAUUGCAGCUCUGGAAUGUGAGAGGCCAGUGCCUGGAGUGCAAGUAUGACCUAUUUCUUUUGCUGUCAUACCUUGGAUUGUUAAAGGGCCCUUACCAGUGUAUGUACGGAGACAAGCUGAACAUUUCAAAACUAAAAAUUACCAUCCAUCUUCUGUAAAUUUUGCAUCACAUAAGCCACAACAAUUGUUGGUUUUAGAGCAAAGCUGGAGUGGAAAAAUAAUUGCUUUUUGACACUGUGAAAAGGUUCUGUUUUAAAAGCUGCAAUGUAUAACAACUCCAUGCUUUGCUUUUUUUUCUUUUUUGCUUUUUUUUUUUUUCCUCCCCUUAGUUCUUGUAUAUCUCUCCUUGAUAUCUAAUAAGGGCCACGUGUCAGUUAACUUGAAAAAAGAAACAAAAAUACCUGCCAUAAGAACAUUAACAACAUAAGGUUUUUUUGAUUUCUUGGACAUACAAAGAAUACUUUUUUUUUUUUCCUUUAAGUGACCUGCAGAGUUUGUGACCGUUACUGUUUCACAGAGCCUAGGGUGAGGUAUAGGUAGCACAAUUUCCACAGGUUAAUACACAACUAUUGACUGCACUCAGCAAUACCUCUUGUAAACCGCCUUAAACAUCAAAUGUAGCGGGAAUGGCGUGUUAAUUGGGAGUCUGGGAUUAUAUCGUAUUGCUUCUCAAAAGUGCCGUGGAAUUAUCCGCAUCCCAAUCAGGCUGAAAGAAACUAAUUUAUGUGAGGAACACCAUUCCCAGUAGAACAGCACUCUUAUUACAGUGAAGUGUAGCAUAGACUAAUAAUCAAAUGGCCGCUCCUCGGUAGAGAACUGCUGUUUGUGUUUGGAAUAAGUAUUUCUUCCGAUGCAGCUCUUUUCCACAAGGUUUGCCGUGAGGCUGAGAUUAUGCUUCCUACCUAGAAGUAGUACUGUCUGUGUGUCUGAAUGAGGGGGUGGGGGUGAAAGGCUGCUAUUGUAUGGUUACAAAUGCUAAACAGGUAUGACCAAAGGCGUGUUAGAGCAAAAAAUGUUUUGUAUGUAAUUAUCAAAAGUUGGUCUUGCUCUUCAGAUACAUGUGUGUAGAAGUCAAGAUUUCCUUAUGCAGACAUUACACUGAUGGACGAUAAAAAGUGUUAAUGUUGCAGAACGUUUUCAGAAAUCCACAUACUUUCAAGUAGAAAAGCAAGUGAUUCUGUGAAUCGGUUUUGCAAUUGAGUUCUUAAAACUACUGUACUUGACUGUUACAUGAACUAGUAGAUGGACAGCUAUGAAGUAAGCAAUUGACAUGGAAUCAGGGCAUUACAUCUUUCAAGUUGUAGCAAAUAUAUUUAGGUCUAAAAUCUAACUAUUUGGGACUUUUUAAAGCUAUUGUUCAGGUUCCUGGGGCAGAAAAUAGGUUUGCAUGGGAAGAAAAACUGUUUUUUCUCUUAAAGCUACCCGCUUUCAGAGUCGUUUUGAGCUAAAACUGACUGUGACGGUUGCAUCUGACACUUGCAUUCUGUCUUCAGGCAGAAUCUUCUGUAUUGUUCAAACAUUUUGAUAAUAUAUUAUUCACUAUAUGGAAGUAAGUUCUAGUGCUAACGUCAAAAAGAAGAUAGACAUGGAGAAUAAGAGCUUCCAGAGCCAGGUCAACAUGCUGUAAGGGACUAGUGAAUGAUCUAACCAGAUGUGAAUAUGGACACGUAACGGAAAUGCUCUUCUGCCAGAAAAAAAAAGGAAUAAAACUGUAAAAAUGUUAGAAAAAGCGGCAGCAAGAUGAACAGUAUUGAAAGCUUUGUCUAUCUGGGAAGGUUUUUUGUGGCAUCAUGAAGCUGUAACGUUACUGCAAGGAGAAUACAGCUUGGUGAAGUAGCUGUGGGUGACCUGAAGCCAAUAUGAAGAGACAAGGCAUUUCCUAAGAAACAAAGAAAAAAAAGAUUUGGUGAAGAUAUAUAGGUUUUCAGUCCACCCUGUGCUGUGGUGAUGUCAAUGUCUGAGAAGCUGAGACUGCUGGCCGUUCAGUUACAAGGCUGCUUGUGGUCAUUUGGUGAGACCCUGGCAGGAAUAAACAGGAAAAAGCAGAAAUGAAGACGACUGCUUGUUCAAUGAAAAUGGACAUAUCUGUUGGAUGAAAAGUGACUUCUUACUAAUGUCUGUGCUUCUGGCAAAAGGGUCAGACCAAAAGAUUUAUGCAGGAGAUGGCUGCGUGACUCCAGAAACACUGGAGAUGUGAGAGCAAUACGCUGAUGGCACCGUGCAAAGCGCACUCGGUGGCAGAGUUCAUCUAAGACUUGCCCCUAUGUGGAACAGACAAGUGAAGAGUAUAAAAGAGGUAUUAGAAAAGAAAAAUCUGGCUAAUGCUUCUCUGAAUUAGAGAUUAAAAUGGAGUGAGAAUUAUUAUAAAUGGAAUAUACAGAGGCAGCUCGAUUAUAGAAUAAGAUGAACUUAAUUGUCCAUGUAUGUAAAACGUUGUCUUCAUUGCAAUGUUCCGAUUAGUGAAAGACUAGAUCCAUUGGUUGUUGCUACUGAUGCUGCGUAUUCAGACGAGGACUAUGGCAGUUAUCAUGAUCUGUGUGUUAAUGUGUAGAAUACUAUUUGCUGGUAAGUGGAUAGUCUAACAACUUAAUGUGCUGUACAACUUCCUGCGUAUCCUAAACAUAACUGAAGUCUAUUACAAAAAUAUUUUAAUAA